AUGGCACCCCUGGGCUUGCCCCCGGGCUUCCGCUUCCGCCCCACAGACGAAGAGCUCGUCAACUACUACCUCAAGAGGAAGAUCAACAGACUUCAGAUAGAUCUUGACAUCAUCCCCGAAGUCGACCUCUACAAGUCUGAACCCUGGGAACUCGCAGGUCUCUCUCCCUCCCUCUCUCUCCCUCUCUCUCUCUCUCUCUCUCUCUCUCUCUCUCUCUCUCUCUCUCUCUCUCUCUCUCUCUCUCUCUCUCUCUCUAGUUCUCGCUCUGAGCUACAUCUGCCUGGCUUGCAGAGAAGUCGUUUCUGACGGGUCGAGAUCCAGAGUGGUAUUUCUUUGGGCCACGGGACAGGAAGUACCCUAACGGUCUCCGGACUAAUCGAGCGACUCGGGCUGGGUACUGGAAGUCAACGGGCAAAGACAGGCCGGUGAGCUGCCGGAGCCGAGUCAUAGGGAUGAAGAAAACCCUGGUCUACUACCUGGGGCGCGCCCCACAUGGGACUCGGACGAGUUGGGUGAUGCACGAGUACCGGAUCCACGACUCGGAGUCCGACGACCUCACCGGCGGCGUUCAGGCGGCGCCGCCGACGAUCAACCUCUCUGUGAUUUCCCGUUUCUUCCUAUCAUGAUUACGUCUGAAAGUGUUCGAUUUUCUUGUUCUUCUCGAUGAAAUCUGCCCCCUUUCCUGUUUCUUCCUCUCGAGAUUACGUCUGAAAGUUUCCAAUAUUCCUGUUCAUGUUGAUGAAAUCUGGUCGCUCUGCCGUUGCACCAGGACUCCCACGCGCUGUGCCGAGUCUUCAAGAAGAUCGCGCCGGCGCCGGCGGAGAACUCCUCUGGCGUCGGCGACGGCGAUGGCGACUGCAACUUAUCGCCGGAGUUGCUCGCCGGAACGCCCGCCGGCACCACCGAUGAGGACGACGCGUGGAUGCAGUUCAUCGCCGAGGAGACGUGGCCCUCGCCGCCGUGGGCCAGCGGCGAGAUCGCCGAUGAUCCUCGUUCGACGGCGCUGUCCAACUAA